UGAUUAAUAUCAAAUAUUUGAUCAAAAUCCCAAUAAUAAAGAUGUGGACAGAUUCAAAAAUCUUUAUUAAAAUUUGACCUAGAAAAUACUACAUUUUUAGGUGGGACUUAUGAGAGCAUCAUUAUCCCUCUUAAAAAAGGGUUGUUUAUGGCUUGGGGCUCCACCAAAAACACAAGCAACAUCUCUUCCGCAUGCAAAAUAAGCACUUUUUAAUUUUUUUAUUCGGACAGAAAAAAAAAAAAAAUUUAAGCAAUUUUUAUGAUUGCUGGGAUAACGAUGCUCUGACCAAAUUGCCCAAAACAAUUGUUUCAAAACUCUCUUAUCAAACUUUUAUCACUUAAUCAACUCCCUCUUUUGCAUGGAGUAGUUGUUUCCAUGCAACAAAGACAGUUAUCGUGCCGCAGUCAAGGGUUUUGCUUUCUAGAAACAUGUAUACACGCAUUCAUCAGGCCACCAAAAGAAAUCAUCGUUUCGAUUUUUUCUUAUUCGAUCUAUUGAUUUAUACGUAAGGAGUUAACUUAAAUUUUCAUUUACUGGUCAUUUUUUUCCUGAUAUUGAACGUGCUUUAUACAUCAGACUCAGUUCUCUUUUAUAUUCUGAUGUGGCGCAGGUAGCGUGGUUUAUAAAUUGUCGAAAACCGCACUAUAAAUAAUACAAAGCCGUCUUCGUCGUAAGCCAUUGACUAGAUCUAUAGUCUUUUUUUGUCAACUAGAUAUAUAAAGUCUAUUAUUCAAAGACUUAAUGAAAGACUAUACAUUUAUAUAAACUUAAGAUUUAAUGCAGGAGUAGUACAUAUAUACAAACAACUCCUUUGGCUUUCUCCUGCAACCCCUUAAUUUCGGAUCUCAAUUUUGAUUUGUGUAUUGUAAACUCAUGACUACAGUAAGAUUUACUGUAACUUUCCGCUUCCCUGCGAGUCCAAGACUCGACUGCGAGAGCUAUGCUGGUCUGAAAGCUAGGACGGCGAGGGUUAGCUAUCCCCUAACCAUAGCCACUCGUCGACACCAUCUUGUCCAAAUAGCAAACGAAGAUCGGACUUUGGUGGUGAAUGCUGCAGCUGGGGAGAUACCUAACAAAAGGUACCCAGGAGAACCGAAGGGGUUUGUGGAGGAGAUGAGGUCCGUAGCGAUGAAAAUGCACCCGAGAACCCAGUCAAAAGAAGGAAAAAGAGAGUCCAAAGCUCCCCAAGACAGUCCUGUGGCUACGUGGGAGUUCACAGUGGAAGGGUACUUGAAGUUUCUAGUGGAAAAUAAACUUGUGUUCGACACUCUUGAAGGGAUUAUUCACGACUCUACCGUCCCAACUUAUGCGGCAUUAAAAAACACAGGAUUGGAAAGGGCAAAUAAUUUGGCCAAAGAUUUGGAGUGGUUCAAGGAACAAGGUUACGAGCUUUCUGAGCCAAAGGCUCACUGUAAAACAUAUUCUCUGUAUCUAAAGGAUAUAGCAGAGAAUGAUCCACCAGCAUUCAUCUGUCAUUUCUACAACAUCUACUUCGGACAUAGCGCUGGUGGUGGUCGAAUGAUUGGGUCAAAGGUAUCUGAGAGGAUACUCGACAAUAAAAAACUCGAAUUCUAUAAAUGGGACGGCGACAUUUCCGAAUUGUUGACGAACCUGAGUGAAGAAUUGAACAAAGUCUCUGAGUUGUGGACAAGAGAAGAGAAGAAUCAUUGUUUAGAAGAGACAGAGAAAGCGUUCAAGUGUUAUGGGCACCUACUUCGUUCCUUGGUGUCCCCUGAUUUGUAAUGACCCUGCGGUGGCAAUACAAGUAGGUGGGUGGGAAGGCCAUCAAGAGUGAAAUUAAAUUAGAAAUAAUUGUACUAAGUCUCCAUUCACAUAUUUUCUUUAUUGCAUAAUAAUAUAUGAAGUCCAUGUGGUUACCAAAAUAUGGGAACCUGGCUUCCUUGGUUGUUUCUUUUACAUUUCCAAGUUUGUUGCAACUAAUUAAAGUUCCAAUCAUUCUAUCA